GAUUUUGGGAUUGCUCGUCAAAUCCCCUUUACUCAGUCUCUGAGUCAGGCAUCGUCUCCUUCCUCGCAGCCCCAAAUAGGGCGAACUGCACUUCACUGCAGAGUGGGGCUAAGCAAUAAUGUUUCUGCUUACUCAUAGAUUGCCAAUCGUGCCUUCCCAUUCCUUAAUUUCCUCUCUCACCUCUCCCAAAUCCCAGAAUUUGUUCCUAUAUACCUCAGCCUUCGUAUCCAAAUCCAUCGCUUCACCUCUCUGCCAUUUCUCCACCGCCGUAGCGCAGGAGCAGGAACAGGACCACGACAACGACCACGUUCAGGGAAAGGAAAUCCGGCCGCUCUCCCUGGAGGAGCUCUUCCUGCCGCCGGAGACGGACGUGUCGUCUCUGAAAUUAGACGCAGCGGCGCCAUUGAGCGCGAGAAUAUUGAAGGGUUCCAACAUUGUCCUGAGCAAAUACGCCGGCGGCGGCGUGGACGUUGAGGCUGCGGAGUUUGUGAAAAGCAGUGUGAGGACGGAGGACUGCCCCGCCGACGGAGCUCCGGAGUUCGCCCUCGUCGGGCGGUCCAAUGUGGGGAAAUCUUCGCUACUGAAUUCUCUCGUCAGACGCAAACGUCUCGCCCUCACUUCUAAGAAGCCAGGGAAGACCCAAUGCAUCAAUCAUUUUCGGAUUAAUGAUAGCUGGUACCUCGUAGAUUUGCCUGGUUAUGGGUAUGCAGCAGCACCACACGAGGUUCGGACAGAUUGGGGAAAGUUCACCAAGGAUUAUUUCCUUACCCGGCCGACACUGGUCUCUGUGUUCCUCCUCAUCGACGCCAGCAUCCCUGUAAAAAGAAUCGAUCUUGAUUAUGCAAGCUGGUUGGGACAAAAUCAGAUACCAAUGACGUUGAUAUUCACGAAAUGCGACAAACGGAAGAAGAAGAGGAAAGGCGGGAAAAGGCCGGAGGAGAAUGUGCAGGAGUUUCAGGCAUCCAUACGCGAGUUCUUCCAGACAGCGCCCCCGUGGAUCAUGACGAGCAGCGUCAUGAAUCAAGGGCGUGACGAGAUAUUGCUGCACAUGUCGCAGUUAAGGAACUACUGGCUUAAGCAUUGACAUCCAUCCAUCCAUGCAUCCCCUAAAGAAUCUCCUCUAAGUUUGUGGAUUUAGCUUUCGAAUAUUUAUUACACAUAUAUAUACAGACACAAGAUCAAGAUGAAUCAGCUUCUCAACUUUGUCUGUUUUUGUGUAUUUAGUUAGUUCCUGCAAUGAUGACAUAGCACUUAAUACAGUUGAGGCAGAGUUUAGUUUUGAACA